UUUUCUUCUUCAUCGUCGUCUUUUCAAUUUCAAACCACCAAGUCAAACAGGGGACACUUCUCGGAGAACUAAGGUAAGGCAGGCACACACGAACAAUGGUAAAACACAACAGAACGCCGGUAAACCUGUUCCUGCAGGCUCUACCGGGAGACGCACCAUGUCGAGGCGCUACAUAAGCGGUGCCUCCUGAAGGAGAAAGGAAACUGUGACGCCGAUGACACUAUGGGCGGUAUAAGUUUCCACCGUCUUCCUCGGGACCCCUUGAGGUGAGUUCCUAUAUAUUAUAAGUAGGUCUACGGCCGAGAACGGAGCUGAGUCACUUGGUUGAGGACGUGCAGUGUUUGCUGAAGUAAAAUGCGUACCUCUCCCCCCGAGUUUUAUUGAGAGCGGUGAAGUGAACAUAGUGCAAGUUACAUAAGAUUAAUAGCGUUUCAAUGGUAUCACCUGUUUUCCAGCUUUCAGUCUGUAUGGACACUCCCUGGAUAGGUCAUCCUUCCACAGUGAGGUGGUACAAGGCGUGGCUGGAGUUUUGCAACCUGGAGGCGGAUACGAGUCUAAUUUCCAUUCGCUCUAAGGUCCUGUGCUCCCAGCACUUCGCACCAGUUGCUUAUUUGCGCACAGGAAGGCUUCGGUGGGAUGCAGUUCCUACAUUGAAGCGCACACUGCAUGGCGUUGGAGGAAGUAGUGCCUACGCCAAUCAGAGCAGACUUGAAAGCAGUGGGCCUUCAACGGAGGAACGUGUGCAAGCUGUGGUAGCCUGCGAUGACGACAGCACAGGAGCAAUACACCUUCACCAGAUGAGUCAUCCUUGCCAUGCUGAAGAGUGUGGUACUGAAGAAAGUCAGCAACAGCGUGAUCUGUCUCAUCAGGACCAUAGCUACGCACAACACGCACCAGCCUUGUCAACACAGAGCACUGUUGUCUCCCCACUAGCUGCAGUUGUCACUCCUCUGCCAGGAACGUCGUCUGGUGUACUGCGUGCAGUCUCGUCACCUCAGCACUUAGGAGGUGGAAGUGGCUGGCAUCCCCCCAAAGAUUGCCCAUCGUCCAGUAGUCUAGCAGCUCCAGCACAGCCAACAAAAGGCAAGCUGGAUAACCUCCGCAAGAAAGUGCACCAGUUGCAAGCCCUGUGUUCAGCACCUGUGUUCAUAGAUACCUAGCAUACAUUUUCUAUUUUGAAUCUUCA